GCAGAAGAUAGUUUCCUGAGCGCAGUCAGAGGCGGGACUGUCUGCUCAGCUGCUGAGAAUUCACUUUCAAAAUGGGCUGAAUGUCGGACUGGCCCUUCCUGCCCCUUUUUUUUGAUCAGGAUGAAUCGCAAGUGGGGAAUCGGAGGGGUGCUGAUGGUGUUUACCUGCUGGGCUGCUUAUGGGCAGCUCGAUCCCAAUGCGGCCCCAGACUUUGUGCGGAAGGAAGGGAAGAUGAAUGUGCUCUUUAUUAUUGCUGAUGAUCUGCGCACCAGUCUGGGAUGUUAUGGUGAUCCGAUAGUGAAGUCACCAAACAUCGAUCAACUUGCCUCCAAGAGUAUUGUUUUCAAAAAUGCAUUCGCCCAACAAGCGUUGUGUGGGCCCAGCAGGACAUCAUUUUUAACGAGUCGUAGACCUGACACCACCCGACUUUUUGAUCACGAUUCCUAUUGGAGAGUUCAAGCUGGGAACUACACCACACUUCCUCAAUAUUUGAAGAUGCAUGGCUACUUAACCUUGUCAGUGGGAAAAGUCUUUCAUCCAGGGAUCGUGUCCAAUCAUACUGAUGAUUAUCCUUAUAGCUGGUCCAUCCCUCCAUUUCAUCCUUCAACACAGAAAUAUAAAAACGCUAAGGUUUGCAAAGGGCCAGAUGGUCAAAAACAUGCAAAUUUAGUUUGCCCAGUGGAUGUGGAGGAAAUGCGAGAACACACGCUGCCUGAUAUUCAGAGCACCGAAGAGGCAAUCCGGUUGUUGAAAAAGUUGAAAGGCACAGAAAACCCUUUCCUUCUGGCUGUCGGUUACCAUAAGCCGCACAUUCCACUGAAAUAUCCCCAGGAAUUUUUGAAAUUGUAUCCACGUGAUAAAAUACCCUUGGCACUUGAUCCCAAAAUCCCACCGAAAUUACCACCAGUGGCAUAUAAUCCGUGGACUGAUCUGAGAAAAAGAGAUGAUGUGAUGGCUCUCAAUUUAAGUUUUCCAUAUGGACCCAUUCCUGAUGACUUUCAAGUGUUGAUUCGCCAGAGUUAUUUCGCUGCAGUCUCCUACAUGGACACUCAAGUGGGUCAACUGCUGAACGCACUGGAUGAGCAGGAACUGGCCAAUAACACAAUCAUUAUCUUCACUGCUGACCACGGUUGGUCGCUAGGGGAACAUGGUGAAUGGGCUAAGUACAGCAAUUUUGACGUAGCCACCCGAGUCCCUUUGAUGUUUUACGUCCCAGGAAAGACUGCGGCUUUUCCCCAUCCAGGUCAAAGGAUGUUUCCUUUUAUUAACUCCUUCACUGACGAAGUCAGGAGUCUGCCUCCAGGGUUGAUGAAGGAUGUCAAUGUGGAAUUGGUGGACCUCUUCCCAACACUCUGUGAAAUCCUCAAACUACCUCAGCCUCCAGCGUGCCCACCAUCUUCCUUUCAUGUUGAUCUGUGUACCGAGGGGAAUAGUGUGGCUUAUUAUUUAAACCCCAAUGCCUCAAGUCGGAAACGGCAACGGUUUGUCUACAGCCAGUAUCCCCGGCCAGCGGACAAACCACAGAUGAACUCUGACCUCCCUUUGCUGAAGGACAUUCACAUCAUGGGAUACUCUAUCCGUUGUGAUGGGUACAGGUACACAGAGUGGGUUGGUUAUAAUGCAUCCACGUUCAGUGCCAAUUUUAGUGCCAUUCAUGCUGGAGAGCUCUAUCUACAUAAAACAGACCCAGGAGAGGAUAGCAACUUGUACAACAACAUUGCAUUUGUUGAAGUGGUGCAGAAACUUUCAGCCUUGCUUAAGAAAUGAGAAUUUCCACGUUAUUUUCUCCACACAUGAUUUUGUAUUAUAUUUUUAUCGAGAAUGACCUGCCUAGAUCUUAGAACUGCCGUGUUUGUUUUUGCCUGCUAUACUUCAUUUUAUAAAGAAACCGUUGGCAUAUAGUACUACUUUUAAUUAGCUAAUGUUUGCAGACAUCAUUUUAUGCCCUUGAUAUAUUUAUUAUCACGUGUAUUUUGUUACAAUUUUGGACAGUGUUGUCACUCUGUGGUGCCAUCUUAAAACACAGAAAAAAGAACCAAAACAUUGAAUAUAAAGGCAGAAAAAUAAAGAAAAUAAAGAAAAAGUGUUCAACAGGCUGUAACAGUUGCUCCUUUUUUGAGGUAUUUUAGGUUUUGAGGGGAUUUCCUCGAAUUCCAGGAGCAGCAAUUCUUGUUUUAUAUGCUGUUGUAUUGUUUUGGAAUUUUGCGGAAAAAAAAGUCAAAACAACCGCAGUUCUAAAAGGGAGAAGAACAGACAAAGGAAGCACAUGGUGAGGACAGUGCAGGAGAGAGAGAGAGAAAGAAAGUUACACCACAGUGAACCUGCACAGUUACUGCCUUUGCUGUUUGACAUCGGAGUGCAUUUGGGAAAAUGAACAAACAGUGAAAAUCACAACUGAAUUUGGAGGAACUGUUUGGAUGAAGUCACAGCACAGAAACAGAUAAGUGAAUUGUUUUAAGUUUGGCCUACAGAAAGUCUGCAGUAGUAA